GGUAACAGCCGUGCGGCUCCACUCGGUGCUGCUAUCCAAUAAUGUCCGGGGUACAAUCCUAGCUGAGUGUCACAGAUUAUUUCUCCACAUUUAUUCCGCUGCACAAUCUGAAAAGGAGGAAUAUACCCGAGGCGCUGCUGCAGCAGGACGCACCUGCGGGAUUUCUGCUGAAGUUGUUUCAAACACACACAGCAAAACACAAACACACACACGCGGCUGUCGAGCUGGGAAGUUGCCCGCGCAGACCGUUGAUCCUCAGGACUGUCGUUUUUUAAAGUUAUGUUUUUGAAGCUUGUUGUCACAAUGCUAAGGAGAGCCGCCGCUUUGCCCGUGUGUGGAAAAUGAUUGCAUCCAGCAGCGACCUGUCCAUUAUGGUGAGGAGAUGUCUUCUCACUUUCAAACCAUUCAGGAUCUUUGUGGUGGGGAUUGGCUUCUUCAGCCUGUGCUUUCUAAUGACCUCUCUCGGGGGCCAGCUCUCGGCCAAGAGACCCGGAGACUCUCCCUUCACGGUGCGGAGCGAAGUGCUCGGUGGGCAAGAGUCUCGCGGUGUGCUGAGGAAGAUCAGUGACAUGUUGGAGGUCAUUAUGAAGAGGAUGGAUGCUCUGUCUAAAGUGGGCAACUCCACAGACGCCCACCGGCUGGAUGAGCUCAGCUCGGCCCUGGACAGGAUUCAGCCUGUAGGGCUCGUGGAGCGGAUCCAGGCUAUAGCCCAGAACAUGUCCGACAUGGCAGGGAGAGUGGAGCAGAUCCUACAGCGCAGCAUGGCCGGCAACAAAGUCAGGGAUGGAACAUUAGCACAAUGCGGGACUCCUAAAGACCCCCGUUAUCCAGACUGUCUCAGCAAGAUGGAUUGGAUGCACGCUCGUUGGACGUCGGACCCUUGCUAUGCCUUUUAUGGUGUAGACGGCUCAGAUUGCUCCUUCCUCGUCUACCUGAGCGAGGUGGAGUGGUUCUGCCCUCCACUAAUCUGGAGGAACCAGACUGCUACACCCACCUUGAAGCCUCUGCCCAAAAAACAGGCUGUUUUCCAGUCUGACAUCGGGGCUCUGCUGGAGCAGGUGGGCACGGGGAAGGAGUCCCUGAGCUUCAUGAAGAGGCGCAUGCGCAGGAUGGCAGCGCAGUGGGCCUCCGCUGCUCGACGGCUGGAUGACAGGCUGCGCAGCCACUGGAGGGAGCAGAACAGGACUCUCAACCAAUCAAUGAGGUUUUUGGGCGUCCCUCCUGGAAGAGGAAGCUGCCCUCUCACGGGACCUCUGCCCUUUGACCUCAUCUACACCGACUACCACGGCUUGCAGCAGAUGAAGCAGCACAUGGGUCUGUCGCUGAGGAAGCACAAGUGCCACAUCCGUGUGAUUGACACCUUCGGCACGGAGCCUGCUUAUAACCACGAGGAGUACGCCAUCCUGCACGGCUACCGGACAAACUGGGGCUACUGGAACCUCCACGGCCAGCAGUACAUGACCAUGUUCCCCCACACUCCUGAUAACUCUUUCAUGGGUUUUGUGGCGGAGGAGCUGAAUGAGACGGAGAAGCAGAACAUUCAGCGGAACAAGGUUAACAAUAUGGCUGUUGUGUACGGCAAGGAAGCCAGCAUGUGGAAGGGAAAGGAAAAGUUCCUGACCAUUCUGCACCGCUACAUGGAGAUCCAUGGGACGGUGUAUUAUGAGACGCAGCGUCCCCCAGAGGUGCCCGCCUUCGUCAAGAACCACGGCCUGCUGCCCCAGCAGGAGCUGCAGCAGCUGCUCAGGAAGGCCAAGCUGUUCAUUGGGUUAGGAUUCCCCUACGAAGGUCCCGCCCCUUUGGAGGCCAUAGCCAAUGGCUGCAUCUUCCUACAACCCAAGUUUAACCCCCCUCACAGCUCUCUCAAUCACGACUUCUUCAGAGGGAAGCCCACCUCCAGGAAGGUGUCCUCUCAGCAUCCGUAUGCAGAGCAGUAUAUUGGCAGGCCGCAUGUCAUCACUAUCGACUUCAAUAACUCUGAGGAGUUUGAGGCCACCAUCCGUGAGAUCAUGAGGAUCAAUGUGGAGCCACUCCUGCCGUAUGAGUACACCUGUGAGGGGAUGCUGGAAAGAGUGCACGCCUACAUUCAGAACCAGGACUUUUGUUCCCCCGAAGCUCCCUUUCCUCCUGUAAACUCGUCUUGGCUGAGCAGUCCUUUCGUCCUGCUGCCUAACUCCAGCAUCCUAACCUGGGCCUCCAACGCCAGCUCCUACACAUCCUGGCCGCCCCUCAGUGCGCUGCGCCUGCUGGCUUCUCUGGAAGGAGAGUCCUGUGUGGAGGCGUGCCAGGGCGCAGAGCUCAUCUGUGAACCUGCCUUGUAUCGCUUCAUUAACAUUAAGGAGGCCUUCAGCGCGCUGGAGCUCCAGUGUGAUGGAGUGGAGUCCCAGGUGAACCACCUCCUCCCUGCCUUCUCAGCGGAGCAUGCUGAAUGUGGCCUGCAGCAGGAUCCGCUGCUGUUUAGCUGCGCCGGCUCCAGCGCCAAAUACCAGCGCCUCUGCCCCUGCAGGGACUAUCGGGUCGGCCAGGUGGCUCUGUGCAGAGACUGCCUAUGACCAGAGGAGGAUCUGUGGUCUGAGACUCUUUUAUAACUCACGGCGAAAUCUCUUUGAAAAGGAAAGUCCGUGGUGAAAUGCUGAAACACAAAAACUCAGCUCCUUUACCUUUGACAAAGGACUGGCUGCGGAAUUACAAGAUGGCAUUACCUCUCAGGGACCUGCAUGAUUGUACUUUGAAUCUGGUGGGUUUGAAGCCUCAGUUUAAAAGGUUUACAUGGCGGCUGCAUUAGAAACCCAAGUCUUUACAACUGAAAUGGGUCUUUUGGUGGAUCAGUUUAGCCAAGAGGGAAGCUUUGAAUUAAACUACAUAUUGCAAAUGCUUGAAAUUCACAAGUGUGUUUGCUCGGUGUCGUGUGAAUACCUACAGUGUCAUCGUGGAGUUUGGAUAUUUGUACUAAAUGCACCCAAAGCCAUUUACACUAUGUUGAGAUGUAAUAUUUUACAUGUCCUGUAAUGAAUAUAUUUGUAUAUAAGUGUUGUUUAAUAAAUUGCCACAACAAGAAAACUGUUUGUUUCUAAUUUAAUAUAGGGGGAAAUGGGAAUUAUUUUAAUUAGUCUUCUUUCAGAUUCAUCCUAAUUGAAAAGAUAUCAUCAAUCUUGUAUGGUCAAUUUCACAAAGUGUGGAGAAUAUCUUCUCUCACAUUGUGAUUUAUGUUCAGUGCUGGCUUCAAAUGAUUUGUUUAUAUAUUUUGUAAUUGACCUGUACAGAGAUGAGCUUGAGCAAUACUGGAAAGUGGUAUAUAUAUGAGAGCAGCAGAUAAAUAUACAUAUUAUUUGAGGCUUAUCGCUCUUGACGAAGCUGCUUUAGUAUGUUGGCAAGGGGUUUAGCCUGUGACCUAAGAUUUCUAUUGACAUAUCUACACUGUAGCGAUGUACAAAUGACAAUACAAGCCUUCAAUCUUGAGUUUAGGUUGUCGAGCAUUUCUUAUUGGAAAGCUUACAUGCCUAUAUGUCAGUUUUUUUUAAUGCUGUUAUUGUUCUUUUUGCCCGUUCUGUAACUUGUAUUUGUAUUUCUUGUAACGCAGUACCAUACCGUUGUAAGGAAUGCAAUAUUCUGUUUCGUACGAGGCUUCAGAAGUCUAGGUUAACCAAAUGAGAAACACAUCUUCUGAUUUACUAAGUCUUUUCAGUAAAAUCAUUCCUCCAUGUAAUUGUUUCCACAGACAGUUUUCUUGCAGAGUUGCUGCAGAAAGGCAAUAACACAAAGUAAACCCUGUCCUUGAAUACCUUCACAAGAUACUCAGCCUCACGUUGCCUUAGCCAACCUUCUUUUGUUGUUCCCCUUCUCUUGGAUUGUAUUAGAAGAAAUCUAGAGGUAUGGAGGUGGAUGUAUGAUAACAGUGUUAAUGCUCAAA